AUGAAUCCAGCAAUUCUCGUGGCCAUUUCAUCUUUCUUCCUCCUCCAGUCAGUAGUGUUUCUGGGAGGAGUUGAAGCAGCAGAAAAAGCCACUAAGCCAGAAGCAAAGGGUAACUCCCAGAUCAUUGUAAUGGGCCUUGUUUACUGUGACAUCUGCUCCAACAACACCUUCUCCAAACACAGCUACUUCCUACCAGGUGCUGAAGUAAAAAUCGAUUGCAUCUUCCAAGCGGUUUCGCCAAGAACCUCAGAACACAUAUCGUUCUCGGUGAAUAGAACUACAAACAGAUAUGGGGUGUACAAGUUGGAAAUCCCAUCUGUUGAGGGGAUCAAAUGUGCAGAGGAUUCAGCAAUUGUAUCUUCCUGCCAUGCAAGCUUGAUGUGGAGUUCUUCUUCUGCAUGCAAUGUUCCUGGUUACAAAUCCACAUCAAAUGAAAUAGCAGUCAAAUCGAAACAAGCCAAUCUCUGCAUCUACAGCCUAAACGCUUUGAAUUUCAGACCUUCAAAGAGAGAUGUUAAAUUGUGUGGGAAGAAAAAAUAAGGACUUAAUCAUGUUUUCAGCUUUCGGAACUCGAUUUUAAUCAAAAGAAAAACCAGUACCAUGGAAUCGGCUUUCGUUUUUCCUUUCUGCAUUUCUUGUAUGGUUGUCUGUGAUGUACUAGCCGGAAUGGGUUAAGAAUAUUCAUGCAUGUGUAGUUUUGGAUGCAAGGAGCCUCUUUGAUUGGUUAAUAUAUAUUUUUGUAGUUAUGAAA